AUGCUAGGAGAGAUGGAGGCAGCGUUUGGAGCGAUAGAGCGAUAUACGGUGCAUUACAUCAUUGGCUGUACUGUUGAGUGUAAACAUGCAUUUUGUCCGUUGUUUCCAAAUGUUGCGGGGGGGGGGGGGGGGGGGGGGGGGGGGGGUGGGGGGGGGGGGGGGGGGGGGGGGGGGAGGGGACCACCACGAUAUGCAGAACGUGUCAAGCUAUACCUUACCGCUUAG